CUCGUUGGAUGAGGGUGGAGAGAGUCAGCAGCCAAAAUCCUAUCUGAAUGGUAUUUCCUUGGUGACGUAGAAAACCAGGAAGUUGAUGGAAAGUAGCUGCAAACUGUCUAAAUUAUCGGAAUAAUGAGUCGGAUAUAUCACAAUACAUCACUACAGAACAAACCUGUGCACAAUGAGAAAAUUGGAAAUGUAUGGAAUCCCUCCUCUUUUCAAAGUGGUCGAGGUGUUAUACUGGAGGGACAACUCGUUGAUGUAUCACGUCACGCAAUCACAGACACUCAAAGUAAAAAGGAGCGGUAUAAUGUUUUAUACAUCAAACCUAGUCGAAUCCACAGGAGAAAGUUUGAUGCAAAAGGAGAUGAGAUUGAGCCCAACUUCAGUGAUACCAAGAAAGUCAACACAGGCUUCCUCAUGUCUUCCUACAAGGUAGAGGCCAAAGGAGAAACAGACUGUCUGUCUGAGGAGCAUCUGAAUGACAUUAUCAACAAACCAGAGCUGGUGAGAAUCACUGAAAAGCACUGCCCCGGUCAGGCCUAUGCUUUCUGGAUACCCGAGGCAGAGGCAGAGAAAACAGAAAUGGAGACGGGUCAGGAGAUCCGUCUGAAAACCAAAGGAGACGGUCCGUUUAUCUUUUCUUUUGCCAAGAUCAACGGGGGUACCGUCACCAAGUGCAAUUUCGCUGGGGACGAGACGGCUGGGGCCUCAUGGACGGAUAAAAUUAUGGCCAACAAAGCCGGUGGAGAGGGUGCGGUAAAACCCGGGGGACAGGGAGAGGGGGCGGACGACGAGGAGUGGGAGGACUAAAGAUGAACAAACAUGCUAAGAAGUCAUAGCACAACAGCAAAACAAACGUGGAACUAAAAUACUGAAGUGUUAUUGUUAUGUUACCUGAAUAUUUUGAAGAAAUAAAAGAAUGCAAUUGUU